AUGGAGGACAGAAUACAGUUCGACAUCAACGAGUCGCUCAAGUACUACUUGAGCGAUCCCGUCUCUAUUCCGACCCCCGAUGCUGAUCCGGAGCUUCUCGAUUGCGAAACCGACCCCGAAUCGCUGUUGCCGGCGCUUAUUGACAAUGUUUUGAACCCGAUUGUGGAUGCGGUGGCAGAGAACCCAGAGGGAUUGAUGAAAUCGUCGCUUUUUGAUUCCCUACAGUUGCUGUUGAAAUUUCCGAGCUUCCUCCCCACGAAAUCCCUCAGCAAAAUUCUCGACCUGAUCGUAUCCGGAUUAUCUGUGGAGGCAGAUAUCAUUCAUGGCGACCUCGAAUCCGACGAACAAGAUGCCAUUCAGCACCACAAACAACUCCUGGAGAUGUACGGAUUUCUUCUCCAGUGGGCUCUGUCCGCAGUAGAGGUCAAGGCGGCAGAGAAACCCGCGGAGUCGGCGCCUGCACGACGAGGAGGACCCAAAUCCAAGAAGUCGGCCAAGGACGGUCAUUGGGAUUGGACAUCCCAGAUCCAGAUCUCCAUGGAGACCAUGUGCAAGGUGAUGAAAUUGAAACUUGGGCGCAUCUUUCUGACUACUUCGGAUCGCGACACAUUUAUUACUCUGUUCACGCGCACCAUCUACCUGAUCCUGGAGAGCGAACAGCGAGUGAAGAGCAUGGCCAUCCGUAUGCACGCCUUCAAGGUGUUGUGUAUUGCGGUCAAGCAUCAUGGUCAUGCAUUCGGUGCACAAACCUCAAUUGUACAAAGUUUGACCUAUUUCGAGCACUUGUCAGAACCAAUGGCCGAAUUCCUUCAUAUACUGGCAGAACAAUAUGACUAUCCUCAGCUUUCGGAUGAGAUUCUCAAGGAACUUGGAAAUAAGGAAUUCAACUCGAAUGACACGCGCGGACCGAAAUCCGUCUCUGCUUUCAUCAUAAAGUUGUCCGAGCUUGCGCCGAGAUUGAUCAUCAAACAAAUGACCCUUCUGGCUAAACAACUUGAUAGCGAGGCUUAUACGCUUCGAUGCGCCGUGAUCGAGGUCUGCGGAAACCUCAUCUCCGAUUUGAGUCGACAGGAAGAACGCAGUGAAAAUUACAAGACUCAGAUCAACGCCUUUUUCGAUGUAUUGGAAGAGCGUUUCCUCGAUAUCAACCCUUACUGUCGUUGCCGCGCCAUCCAAGUUCUCAUGCGAAUCUGCGAUUUGGAACAGAAGUUUCCCAAGAGACGACAAGCCGCCGCUGAAUUGGCAGCUCGGAGCUUGGAAGACAAGAGCAGCAAUGUACGACGCAAUGCCAUUAAAUUGCUGUCCAAGUUGGUUGCCACACAUCCAUUCAGCGUCAUGCACGGUGGGCAGCUUUCGUACAAGGAAUGGACCGAGAGAUUGGAUGGCGUUGACAGUGAACUGAACGCUCUACGGCCUCCUGAGACACCUGGGUUUGAUGGAGAUAUGACCCAGGUUGACAGUGAAUUAUUGGAUGAAGCAACUCAAAUGCCAGACGACUCUCCCUCUAAGGCGCCUCGAAUGACGGAAGAGGAAAAAACCGUUGCCAUGCAGAAGGCGGCCGAGCAGGCUGCGACAUCUGAGCUGUUGACUCGACUGCAGCUGACCAGAAAAUACUACAACGAGGCUCUGCGUUUCAUUGAAGUCCUGCACUCGGGAUCCAUCGUUGUCUCCCAGUUGCUCUCCUCUCGAAACAAGAGCGAGGUGAUCGAGGCCAUGGAUUUCUUCGUGGUGCUCGAUGCCUACAAGGUAGAAACGGCUCGCAGUGGUAUUCGUCGCAUGCUUCGUCUGAUUUGGACCAAAGGCAAUAGCGACGAAGGUAAGGGUGUCCAGAGCCACUUGAUUGAUUGUUACAAGGGUCUUUUCUUUGAUGCGCCGGACUCGUUCAGCCCGAACGAUGCCGCAAUCUAUAUUGCUCGCAACAUGAUCAGUUUGACCUUUGGAUCGACCCCUGCGGAGCUCACUUGCCUCGAGCAAUUAUUGAGCACCAUGAUGAAAUCAGGGCAUAUAUCAGAGGCGGUGAUCGCCAAGCUGUGGCAGGUCUACGCGGUUCAAAAAAAGGAAAUCUCAAAAACCCAGCGCCGUGGUGCGAUCAUCGUUCUCGGUAUGCUUGCCUUGGCGGAUCCCGAGGUAGUUGUCAAGGAGAUCGAGGCUAUGUUGCGCAUUGGUCUCGGUGGCCUUGGCCGGUCUGACCUCGUCCUCGCAAAGUACACUUGUAUUGCCUUGCGGCGCAUGGUUCCUGGACGCCAGGCCAAAUCCAAGGACAUCGGCAUUCCUAAGCUCGCCAAUGAUCACUCGGUUUUAAUCAAACUUGCUGCCAUGAUUGAAAUUGUGUCCGAAAGCAAGGAGUGGUACGGUGUGGCGGAACAAGCAAUCAGCGCCAUCUACACCCUGUCCAAGCAUCCCGAUGUCCUCUGCUCUGACAUCCUACGACGUAAGACUCGAUUUGUCUUUCAACCGCAACUGCAACGUCCUUCUUCCUCGCAUGCCUCUGCCGAUGGUGAGGACCAGCGGCCUGGCACUGCAUCAACGGAUGGACAGGGAUCAAAACCCAAGCCUUCGUCGGCAGCCCUUUCUCAACUCCUUUACGUUGUUGGUCACAUUGCGAUCAAGCAGAUUGUGCAUCUUGAGCUGUGUGAACUUGAUUUCAAGCGUCGCAAGGCGGAGCAGGAGAAGAACAAGACCGCAGAGGCUACUGCCCAGAAAGACGGGGGAAACGCCGAGGACGAUGAGUUGGAUCUUAUCGGUGGUACCACCGAGGAUGAUUUCCAAGAUGCCAUGGCUCAUAUCCGGGAACGUGAGCUUCUUUAUGGAGAGAACUCGCUCCUCGCAAAGUUUGGUCCGCUGGUCACUGAGAUCUUGGCCAAUAAUAAUGUUUAUCCGGAUCGUGACCUGCAGGCGGCAGCGACGCUGUGCAUGGCCAAGCUUAUGUGCGUGUCUGCCGAAUACUGUGAGAAGAACCUGCCCCUUCUGAUCACCAUCAUGGAGCGAUCUGAGGAUCCAAUCGUGCGCAGUAAUGCCGUCAUCGCACUCGGUGAUAUGGCCGUCUGCUUCAACCACCUCAUUGACGAAAACACCGACUUCCUAUACCGUCGCCUCAAUGACGACGAUGCUUCCGUCAAGCGCACCUGUCUCAUGACUCUGACUUUCCUUAUUCUGGCCGGUCAGGUCAAGGUCAAGGGUCAGCUUGGUGAGAUGGCCAAAUGCUUGGAAGACGACGACAAGAAGAUUGCCGAUCUGGCGCGCAUGUUCUUCACCGAACUGGCUACCAAGGAUAAUGCCGUGUACAAUCAUUUCGUCGACAUGUUCAGUCUGCUGAGUGCGGAGCGAAACCUGCAGGAAGCAUCGCUGCGGCGUAUUGUCAAAUUCCUGAUCGGUUUCGUCGAGAAGGAGAAACAUGCUCGCCAACUGGCCGACAAGCUGGCUGCUCGUCUCCCUCGCUGCGAGACCGAGCGGCAGUGGAACGACGUCGCCUACGCUCUGUCCUUGCUGCCUCAUAAGAACGAGGAUAUCACGAAAACGGUUACUGCUGGGUUCACCAAGGUUGUCAGCGCAAGUGCGUAG